CAGGCGCGCUCGGCCGAGCGGCGGCGGCGGCGGCGGCGAGGAGGAAAGAUGGCGGCGGGCUCGGAUCUGCUGGACGAGGUUUUCUUCAACAGCGAGGUGGACGAGAAAGUGGUGAGCGAUCUGGUGGGCUCGCUCGAGUCGCAGCUGGCGGCCAGCGCGGCCCACCACCACCACCUCGCGCCGCGCACGCCCGAGCUGCGGGCCGCGGCCGCCGGCGCGCUCGGGAACCAUGUUGUGAGCGGCAGCCCGGCCGGAGCCGCGGGCGCAGGGCCGGCCGCCUCCGCCGAGGGCGCGCCCGCAGCGGCGCCGGAGCCGCCCCCCGCAGGGCCCGCGCCGGCGCCCGCCAAGCUGAGGCCGCCGCCCGAGGCCAGCGCGGGGCCCUGCCCGGCCGCCGCCGCCACCGCCGCCGCCGCCGCCGUGGGGCCCGAUCCCGCCGCCGCCGUCGCCGCCGCCGCCCCGCCCGCCGGCCCCGGCGCCUCCAAGCCCGGCCCGCCUGGCCCGCCCGGCCCCGGCGCCGCGCAAACUUUGAAUGGGAGCGCCGCGCCGCCCACCGCGCCGCACGCCGCACCUGCUGUCAGCCCGGUCAACAACGGGCCCGCGCCGCCGCCCGCCGCCGGCUCUGUCAUCCAGGCGGCCCCCGCGCCCGCGCCCGCCGCGCCCUCGCCUCCCGCCGCGCCCGCGCCCGCCGCGCCCCCGCCGCCCGCGCCCCCAGCGCCCGCCGCGCCAGCCCGGCCGCCCGGGCACCCCGCCGCGCCCGCGCCCCCCGUGUCACCCGCCGCCGCCGCCGCCGCGCAGAACGGGGCCGCUCCUGCCCCCGCCGCGGCCUCCGGGGGCGCCGCGGGGCUGGGCCAGCCGGGCGCGGGCGCGCAGGGGGCCAAGGCCGAGGCGCCCAAGCCCGUGCCCGGGACCGGACCGGCGGCGGCGGCGGCGGCGGCGGGGGUCGCGGCCGGGGGCGCGGCGGGUGGCGUGCUGCUCGGGCCCGCCAUGCCGGGCGCGCUGCCGGGGCCUGCGCCCGGGACCCCCGCGGGGCUGGCAAAGGGCGCGGCCGCGGCGACCCCCAGUCUGCCUCGGACGCCGGCGGCCACCACUGGCGCUAUUCGGGCCACGCUGACGCCCACCGUACUGGCCCCGCGCCUGCCGCAGCCGCCGCAGAACCCGACCAACAUCCAGAACUUCCAGCUGCCCCCAGGAAUGGUCCUCGUGCGGAGUGAGAAUGGGCAGUUGUUAAUGAUCCCUCAGCAGGCCCUGGCCCAGAUGCAGGCCCAUGCCCAGGCCCAACCUCAGAGCACCAUGGCACCCCGUCCUGCAACCCCCACAGGUGCUCCACCUGUCCAGAUCUCCGCCGUGCAGGCUCCAGGAACACCUAUUAUUGCACGGCAGGUGACCCCAACUACCAUAAUUAAGCAAGUGUCUCAGGCCCAGACGACGGUACAGCCCACUACAACCCUACAGCGAUCUCCUGGAGUACAGCCUCAGCUGGUUCUGGGUGGUUCUGCACAGACAGCCUCGCUUGGAACGGCCACAGCUGUUCAGACAGGGACACCUCAACGAACAGUCCCUGGGGCCAGCACCGCCUCCACAGCUGCCACGGAAACUAUGGAAAAUGUGAAGAAAUGUAAAAGUUUUCUAUCAACAUUAAUAAAACUGGCUUCUUCUGGUAAACAGUCCACGGAGACGGCGGCAAAUGUGAAAGAAUUAGUACAAAACUUGCUGGAUGGGAAAAUCGAAGCAGAAGAUUUCACUAGCAGGUUAUAUCGAGAACUGAACUCUUCACCUCAACCUUACCUUGUGCCUUUCCUGAAGAGGAGCUUACCUGCCUUGAGACAGCUGACCCCAGACUCUGCGGCCUUCAUCCAGCAGAGCCAGCAGCAGCAACCACCUGCCUCACAGGCCACGACUGCACUCACGGCUGUGGUGCUGAGCAGCUCGGUGCAGCGCACAGCUGGGAAAACGGCUGCCUCGGUGACCAGCGCCCUCCAGCCCCCAGUCAUCAGCCUCACGCAGCCCACACAGGUUGGCGUUGGCAAGCAGGCACCGCCCACACCACUGGUGAUCCAGCAGCCCCCGAAGCCUGGAGCCUUGAUCCGGCCCCCGCAGGUGACCUUGACGCAGACACCCAUGGUCGCAUUGCGGCAGCCUCACAACCGGAUCAUGCUCACCACACCACAGCAGAUCCAACUGAACCAGCUGCAGCCAGUCCCUGUGGUGAAACCCACCGUGUUACCUGGAACCAAAGCCCUUUCUACUGUUUCUGCACAAGCAGCUGCUGCACAGAAGAACAAGCUCAAGGAGCCAGGGGGAGGCUCCUUUCGGGAUGACGAUGACAUCAAUGAUGUUGCAUCAAUGGCUGGGGUGAACCUGUCUGAAGAAAGUGCAAGAAUAUUGGCCACAAACUCUGAGUUGGUGGGGACACUGACUCGGUCCUGUAAAGACGACACCUUCCUCCUCCCCGCACCUUUGCAGAGGAGGAUACUGGAAAUAGGUAAAAAGCACGGCAUCACGGAACUCCAUCCAGAUGUAGUGAGUUAUGUGUCUCAUGCCACACAGCAAAGGCUGCAGAAUCUUGUAGAAAAAAUAUCUGAAACAGCUCAGCAGAAAAACUUCUCUUAUAAGGAUGAUGACAGAUACGAGCAAGCAAGUGAUGUUCGGGCUCAGCUCAAAUUUUUUGAACAGCUUGAUCAGAUUGAAAAGCAGAGGAAAGAUGAGCAGGAGAGGGAGAUCUUGAUGCGGGCAGCAAAGUCUCGAUCCAGACAGGAAGACCCAGAGCAGUUAAGGUUGAAGCAGAAAGCAAAAGAGAUGCAGCAACAGGAGCUGGCACAGAUGCGACAGCGAGAUGCCAACCUCACUGCGUUAGCAGCGAUCGGGCCCCGGAAGAAGAGGAAAGUGGACUGUGCCGGGCCUGGAUCGGGAGUAGAGCACUUCUUAACUAUUGUACCUGAUAUGAGUGCUUCCCCUCAUCCCAGCCUUGGUGUUGGCUGUUGCUCCUGAAAGCAGAGGCAUGAAAUACAGCUUGGACACUGGCCACUGACACAUUCUGCUGCCCAGGCAGGGUCUCUGUGGGCCUGGGCACCACACCGUCAUCGCCCGAGUUUCUCUCUUGGGUCUAUAGUCAGGGCGAUUUGGAUCAGGUAUAGCAAGUACAACAAGAGUGGAACUCACAUCCGGAAAUGAGACAUUUUGGAUUUCAACUUGCAACCGGAUUUUAGGACCUGUGGACUCUACCAAUCUCAGCAGCCUCUCCUUUUGCUACUCCUGUUACAGAUACUUCUUCUUACUGGCUUUCUUCCCAGAAACUGGCCUGUAGCUCUGUCCAGAUCACCAAGACCCCCUUUGAAGGAAAUUUAUGGGCCUGCUUGCCCGACUGCAACCUGAGGUGGCUUUGGGGAGAUGGAUUGUUUUCCUUAUUCUUACCAACUGCUCAUGUUUGCUGUGGCCUGUAAGAGGCUCCACUAAUGUCAUGAUGAAACGCUGCUUGGGGGCUGUUACUGGCACCAAAAUCCAAGGAGAUUGUCCACCCAAAAGGAUAUGGAUACCAGGAUGAUGGUGGCGGCUGGGACCAAAGAUGGACAGUGGUGUGGCUUCCCAGUUCCUGAGGAAAAAACUCCAGUAUCUUCAGUUGACUGACAUGUGCAUGAAGACCAGGUCAUAUAGGCAUGCUUUCACCUAGCCUGCCUGCUUCCUGAGACUGCCACCUAGUGCUUGGGCCUCUGUGGCCACAUGAGUGGAAUGUGAUACUUGAGUUUCUUUAGCUUCGCAGUGGAGGCGCAGUGAGGCUGCCACUGCAGCACGUAUUCUUGGAUGUGCAGGAGCAGUUCAGCCAGAAAGACGCCCGCCUGGUUCUCUGCUGUGAAGAAGAGAAAAGCUGCCCACUGGGAUCUUAUGGUUUGAGCCCAGCAGGGGUCAGACGGAGGCAGUGAUAUAACAAACUGCUGGACACCACUGCCUAGUGGCUGAAAGUCAGCCCUAGUGCACCCACAUGUCUGAGCAGGAAGGAACUGGGGUCGGCUCACUGGAUAGUUGGUGGCCCAGGGGCUAGGUGUCUGCAAAGGGACCCCUUCCCUGGCUGUGGAUCACCAACGUGACCGCUGAGCAGUUGGCCUCUCCAGCUGACCAUCAGCCCGCCCAGCCCAAGAAUCCAGGCCUAGUGCCUCUGUCAGCCAAGCAGGGAUGGCACAGUCCCAGGUGUGGCAUCAAGUGUGAGCUUUGGUCCCCUCACCUGAGCCUCUGGGCAUUGCUAUGGUGAUACAGAAACUGGGGUCUGUGUUCCUCAGAGCCUCUGGGAGGGAGCCCCUGCUCCUGCCUUUCCUCCCCCCAGGAUUCACUCUGGGGGCGUUGGAGGGUGGCAUCCUGAGUAUGUGGUAGAGCCGGGAAUGGGGGCCUCUGCCCUAGUUAGGGCUUUCCUAGCAGCUCAGCUCCAGCCCAAGGACCGCGGAAGGGGCUGUGCUGUGCCUGUUUUCUUCAGAACAGGGACCUAGAUAUUUAGGGGAUUCUUGAGUCUCACCCUCCCUCCUAACUGUUCCACAGCCACUAAUGCAUCUGUCUUCUUCUUUCUUGUCACCAGGGCUCAGGCCCAGGCGCAGCGGUCCCAGGCAGCUCCGGUGUGGGAACCCCCAGACAGUUCACACGGCAAAGAAUCACGCGGGUCAACCUCAGGGACCUCAUAUUUUGUUUAGAAAACGAGCGUGAGACAAGCCAU